AACACGUUCCUGCGGGGGCGCGCGCGCGCCUAAUCCCUUGCCUUCCGGCUCGGCGGCGCCGCUCCGUUGCGCGCUCGCUCUGCGGCGGCUGCGGGGUCCGCUUCGCUGGGGACUUCCAUUGCUGGCUCUGCGUUCUGGCCGGUCAGGCAAAGCGAUGCCCGCGCCCCACCUCCCGGCGUCCCGCGCGCCCGGUGACCAUUCGCCCGCUGCAAGGCUGCGGCCGUGACCCCCUGCCUCCGACUUUCACCCAGCGUCCGGCUCGGAGCUUGCUGGCCGGCGGGGAGAGGCCCUGGUAGUGUCAGGAGGUUUCAAAGGCUCGAGUACCUCUACCGCCCCUGCAGCUACUUCUGUGGUCAUGGAGAUCAUCUUCCACCAGGAUUACUGUACGGUCUUCACCCAGCCUACCACCCCCUAGUUACAGCCUUGGGUCCUGAUUUCCACCAAUGAAGUUUUUUAUCCUUUCUUGAAUCAUGUGACAUCACUUCUUGUCCGCUGUUUCCCUUUCAGUUGCCUACUCCAUUAUAAGUUCUUGUUGGUUUACAGUACUAAGUUGUUUGCCUGUCCACUUACACUCCAACAGCUCACCUAUGCUCACCGCUGCUCCCUGUGACUUUCAUAGGUACACACCAAGAGUCCUUGCCUUGAAGAGAGCAUUCACUCACUUGGCUGUCUAACAAAGACAACAACAGUCAGGCAGUGAGGCUUCCUGCUCUGUUUUUCUGCCUGUUAAGUGUGCAAGCUGGAGUAAAACUGUUUUCUUGAACAUAGCAUAAGGAAAAAAAAAAUUCCUGUGGUAAUGACCAAAGUUGAUCAUCAUGAAAAUGUUUUAGAAACCUCGAUAGGGCAGUAUUGAUUCAACUUAGAGCUUUCAGUAAGGCUGCAAUUUAUGAAAAGAGCAAGGAGGAAGAAGAGAAACUAGAGUUAACUGAGCUAUUCCUUGUCAUAGGAACAGGUUAAGUUCUAAAAUGCAAACGAGAAAACUCAGACUUUCUUUGAAAAUUGUUAUACUAUCCAAGUCCUAGGGAACAGCUGAGGACUCUUAAGCUUACAUUUUCUGGUCUCGUGUUCAAAUCUAAGUUGUGAAUUGUCUAACAUAAUUAGACUAAAAUGUUGGGGAAACGUAAACGUGUGGUAUUGACAAUUAAAGACAAACUUGACAUUAUUAAGAAGCUGGAAGAAGGCAACUCCUUCAAAAAACUUUCUGUCCUGUAUGGAAUUGGUGAAUCCACAGUUCGUGACAUUAAAAAAAACAAAGAAAGAAUUAUAAACUAUGCCAACAGUUCAGAUCCUACUAGUGGGGUGUCCAAACGUAAAUCGAUGAAGUCGUCAACAUAUGAGGAGCUUGACAGAGUUAUGAUAGAAUGGUUUAAUCAACAGAAAACAGAUGGGAUUCCAGUGUCUGGGACUAUUUGUGCAAAACAGGCUAGGUUCUUCUUCGAUGCGUUGGGUAUGGAAGGUGAUUUUAAUGCCUCUUCUGGUUGGCUUACUAGGUUUAAGCAGCGGCAUGGUAUUCCAAAAGCUGCUGGUAAAGGCACAAAAUUAAAAGGGGAUGAAACUGCUGCCAGUGAAUUUUGUGGUAACUUUCAGGAAUUUGUAGAAAGAGAAAAUCUCCUACCAGAACAAAUUUAUGGUGCUGACCAAACUGGAUUGUUCUGGAAAUGUCUACCAACAAGGACAUUGGGUUUUGACACUGACCAGAGUACUUGUGAGUAUAGGACAAGCAGAGAAAGAAUCAUUAUUAUGUGUUGCGCAAAUGCCACAGGUUUACACAAGCUUAAUCUUUGUGUUGUGGGGAAAGCAAAAAGACCCCGUGCAUUCAAAGGAACUGACCUUUCAAACCUUCCUGUCACGUACUUCAGUCAAAAAAGUGCAUGGAUCGAGCCGUCUGUUCUCAAACAGUGGUUUGAGAAGUGCUUUGUGCCACAGGUCCAGAAGCAUCUGAAAUCCAAAGGGCUUCGAGAAAAAGCAGUACUACUGUUAGAUUUUCCUGCAGCACAUCCAGCUGAAGAAUUGCUGAGCUCAGACGAUGGCAGAAUAAUUGUGAAAUAUUUGCCACCAAACGUCACAAGUCUAAUUCAACCUAUGAGCCAAGGAGUUCUUACCACAGUCAAAAGAUAUUACCGAGCAGGACUUAUCCAGAAAUACAUGGAUGAAGGAAAUGACCCAAAAACGUUUUGGAAGAAUUUGACAGUGUUGGAUGCAAUUUAUGAGGCAUCAAGAGCCUGGAACCAGAUAAGAUCGAAUACGAUAAUCAGAGCAUGGAAAAAACUUUUCCCUGGCAAUGAGGAAAAUCCAAGUGUGAGCAUUGACGAAGGAGCCAUUUUAGCAGCUAAUUUAGCAACAGUUUUACAGAAUACCGAAGACUGUGAACAUGUCAACAUUGAAAAUAUUGAGCAGUGGUUUGGCUCUCGGAGUAGUGGCUCAAACUGUCAGGUAUUAGCUGACAUUGUAGGUGCUGCAGACCGGGCGAAGGUUGCUGAGGAAAAAAAGCCUUCUAGGAAGACUAGGAAGGCAGAACUGAAUCCAGAGAAGCAUAUUAGCCAUAAAGCUGCACUUGAAUGGACUGAAAAUUUGCUGGAUUAUCUAGAACAGCAAGAUGACAUGCUACUCUCUGAUAAGCUGGUAUUGCGGAGGCUUCGGACCAUUAUAAGAAGAAAACAGAGAAUACAAAAUAAAAGUCAUCUAUAGUACUCCCUUCUGUUGCUAUGUAUUUUCAUCUUUGUGACUUUUGUCUCCAAUGGAAUUUACCUAAAGCCAAAUAAACAUUACAGAAGACUUUAGGAUUAGAUGCUGUUUUGGAUUACUUAAAUUACAGCUCUUUAAUGUUGGCUCUGAUUGAGCAAUGACUUGGAAUUCAUUUGUCAGUCUCUAAACUGUGUUAUACUAAUUAGAUCAUAAUAUAUCAGAGGUUGGAAUAUGUUGUAUACUGGAUAUCAACAUGUCUAUUAAUGGGCAAUGCACACUGUGGGCACUCAAUAAAUCUUACUUAAAUUGAA